CCUAGAAGGUCUCUGGGGACCUUGUGAACUCUUGGAAAUUGGGCCCUUUUGAGAGGCUGAAGGCAGGAAGAGACUGGGGUGGGGAGUCAAUCUUCACCUCCCCUGGAGAUGGGGCUGAGCCAGAUGAUAUCAUAAUGGGCAGUGCCCAUCGUAGAGAGGGAAUCAGGGUGGGGUAGGAGCAAGAAGGCUGAGAGGGAGGGAAGCUGAAAGACCCUCCACAGGAGGGGGUCACAGCAGCAAGGGGUACCUGCCAGGCUGUCUGGAAAACAAGGGGUGGUCACUGAUGUCUUGCAGGAGCCCUUGGUAGGUAGAGCCCACCACGGUGUCCCCCAGACCCCACUAUGUUCCUCUUUUCCCGAAAGACCAAGACCCCCAUCAGCACCUACAAUGACUCCUACAGGGCCCCUACCUCCAUCAAGGAGGUCUACAAGGACCCACCUCUGUGGGCCUGGGAAGCCAACAAGUUUGUGACCCCGGGCCUGACUCACACUGCACAGCGCCAUGUGGAUCCUGACGCCCUGCAGAAGAUGCUCAAGUGUGCUGUGCAGGACUACAGCUACAAGGGUUCCAUACCAAGCCACCCCUACUUCCCUGAGAAAUACUGGCUCUGUCCAGAGGAAGACAAAUGCAACCCAAACUACCUGUGUGGCAACCCAAACUACCUGUGCAGUAACCGGUAUAACACGUGGAGGAUGGGACCUUACAACUGCUGGAAUAAAUGUACCACAUACCUUCCCCGGCUGCCUAAGGAGGCCGGGAUGGAGACAGUGGUUCGAGGAAUGCCCUUGGUGUAUCCUCCUAAGCCGGAGCGACUCAAUGCCUACGAGCGCGAGGUAGUGGUGAACAUGCUGAACUCGCUGUCACGAAACCAGCCACUGCCGCAGAUCACGCCCCGCUGCGGGUGUGUGGACCCGCUGCCGGGCCGCCUGCCCUUUCAGGGAUAUGAGAGCGCUUGCUCGGGCCGCCACUAUUGUCUGCGUGGGAUGGACUACUGCGUCUCCGGGCCACCCUGCACUGAACGCCGCCUGCGGCCUUUAUGCACAGAGCUACCUACUGUAAGGAGUGUGUCUCCCUGCGAGCACCGAUCCGGAAUGCAAUGUGCUGUUAUAACUCCCCAGCCGUCGUACUACCCCUGUCCGAACCUUAGGCCGGCCAGGUUCAGAUUGGCUUUGUCGGGUGGCCCCCCUGCCCGCUCCUUCCUUAACUGGGGGCUGAUGCCCCAGAAUUCUCAGGAGAAUUCCCAGGCCUACCCGCGCCGCCGCUCUGGGAGCCACACAGGUCGUAAGACUCCUGAGACCGUCGCAGCCGCAACCAUGUACACCUUCUUGCCUGACAACUUUUCCCCCACCAAGCCCAAGCCGUCCAAAGAGCUGAAGCCGCUGCUGGGCUCCGCGGUUCUGGGGCUGCUGCUGGUGUUGGCCGCGGUGGUGGCCUGGUGCUACUACAGCGCCUCUCUACGAAAGGCGGAACGCCUGCGCGCGGAGCUGCUGGACCUCAACCGUGGUGGCUUCUCGAUUCGCAACCAGAAGGGCGAGCAGGUGUUCCGCCUGGCCUUCCGCUCGGGCGUCCUGGACCUGGAUUCCUGCAGCCGCGACGGCGCCCUGCUUGGCUGCUCUCGCACAGCGGAUGGGCGCCCACUGCACUUCUUCAUCCAGACCGUGCGACCCAAGGACACAGUCAUGUGCUACCGCGUGCGCUGGGAGGAGGCGGCUCCAGGGCGCGCGGUGGAGCACGCCAUGUUCCUGGGCGAUGCUGGGGCGCACUGGUACGGCGGCGCCGAGAUGAAGACCCAGCACUGGCCCAUCCGCCUGGACGGCCAGCAGGAGCCGCAGCCCUUCGUCACCAGCGACGUCUACUCCUCCGAUGCCGCCUUUGGCGGCAUCCUCGAGCGCUACUGGCUGUCGUCGCGCGCAGCGGCCAUCAAGGUCAACGACUCGGUGCCCUUCCACCUGGGCUGGAACAGCACAGAGCGCUCUCUGCGACUGCAGGCGCGCUACCACGACACGCCCUACAAGCCGCCAGCCGGCCGAGCCGCUGCACCCGAGCUCAGUUACCGCGUGUGCGUCGGCUCGGACGUCACCUCCAUCCACAAGUACAUGGUGCGGCGCUAUUUCAACAAGCCGUCGAGGGUCCCAGCACCCGAGGCCUUCCGGGACCCCAUCUGGUCCACAUGGGUGCUGUACGGGCGCGCGGUGGACCAGGACAAGGUGCAGCGUUUCGCCCAACAGAUCCGCCAGCACCGCUUCAACAGCAGCCACCUGGAAAUCGACGACAUGUACACUCCUGCCUACGGCGACUUCGACUUCGACGAGGCCAAGUUUCCUAAUGCUAGCGACAUGUUCCGCCGCCUGCGCGACGCCGGCUUUCGCGUCACGCUUUGGGUGCACCCGUUUGUCAACUACAACUCUUCCCGCUUUGGCGAGGGCGUGGAGCGGGAGCUGUUUGUGCGCGAACCCACCGGCCGGCUGCCGGCUCUCGUGCGCUGGUGGAAUGGCAUCGGCGCAGUGCUCGACUUCACGCGCCCCGAGGCCCGCGACUGGUUCCAAGGACACCUAAGGCGACUGCGCUCACGCUACUCCGUGGCCUCCUUCAAGUUUGACGCUGGCGAAGUCAGCUAUUUGCCCCGGGACUUCAGUACCUACAGGCCGCUGUCUGAUCCCAACAUCUGGAGCCGGCGCUACACGGAGAUGGCGCUGCCCUUCUUCUCGCUGGCCGAGGUCCGCGUGGGCUACCAGUCCCAGAACAUAUCGUGCUUUUUCCGCCUGGUGGACCGUGACUCGGUGUGGGGCUACGAUCUGGGGCUGCGCUCGCUCAUCCCCGCGGUGCUCACCGUCAGCAUGCUGGGCUACCCCUUCAUCCUGCCCGAUAUGGUGGGUGGCAACGCUGUAUCUGAGCGCUCAACCAGCGGCGGCGACGUGCCCGAGCGCGAGCUGUACGUGCGCUGGCUGGAAGUGGCCGCCUUCAUGCCAGCUAUGCAGUUCUCCGUUCCGCCUUGGCGGUACGACGCUGAAGUGGUGGCCAUUGCGCACAAGUUCACGGCGCUGAGGGCCUCGCUCGUGGCGCCACUGUUGUUGGAACUGGCGGGUGAGGUCACUGACACGGGCGACCCCAUCGUGCGCCCCCUCUGGUGGAUCGCGCCCGGCGAUGAAACGGCGCACCGCAUCGACUCACAGUUUCUUAUCGGAGACACGCUGCUCGUGGCACCCGUACUGGAGCCGGGCAAGCAGGAGCGGGACGUCUACCUGCCUGCGGGCAAGUGGCGCAGCUAUAAAGGUGAGCUUUUUGACAAGACACCAGUGCUGCUCACGGAUUACCCCGUUGACCUGGACGAGAUCGCUUACUUCAUCUGGGUAUCCUGACCCAGCCCAGGGCCCAGAAACCUGGUAGCCCUAACCCUAGUCUUCAUGUAGGCCUUUAACCCUCAAAAUCACAACCGCAGGGUCUAUCCCCCAGGAAGUCCCCAACUUUAUACCACCCACUAAGUGGGUAAUUGACCUAAAUGUGCUGGAACCGGCUCCUGUAGGGCGGGGGAGAAGACACUGAAGCACCACCCGCCCCCAACUCCAGUGCACAAUGGUUACAGCCCUCCUCUCCACAGGAACUCCAGUCUACAGAAACUCCUUCCCUUGGGUGGGGGCAAGAGAGCUCAGAGGGAAAAAAUCAGCCUUCUUCCUGUAAUACACAGUUGGGUUUUAAACGCACAGAGAGGGGGACUUCCUGUGGUGGUCCGGUGGGUAGGACUCCAUCCUUCCACUGCAGGGGGCUGGAGUUCAAUCCCUAAUAGGGGAACUAAGAUCCUGCAUACCACAGUGGCAUGGCCAAAACAAAAAGAGAAAAGCACAGAAAGAAGCCUCACCUUCCAUCUUUGUCCUUCUAAAGUGGUGACUUGGUCCUCUUGAAGGUCCCAAAGUGGUGACUUGGUCCUCUUGAAGGUCCCAAAAUAGCCUCCUGCCACACUUAGAAAGGGCACAUUCUUGGUGUUGAAAAGUGCCAGGCCCUGAGUUCUCAGCACUCGCCUGACCUGUGGCUGACCUGGUCCCACCCAGCUGGCGACAAGGGAUGGAGGUACUUGGCCAACUGACAAGGAGGCAAGUGGUCCCCUCCGAAAGGCCGGGAGGACAGAGCCAUCGUCAUUGUCCCUCAUUUGUGAAGAGACUCCUAACCCCGUCCUUAGGCAUCUGUGUACACACAUGGUUCAGCCCUGGGCCAGGGCCACUGCCUGAUGGGCAAAGACUCGCAAGGCCAUGCAGGCCAGACUUGGUGCCUUAACUCAAGAACCUGUGUGUGUGUGUUCUGUGUGUAUAUGUGUGUGUGUGUGAGAGAGAGAGGCACCACGGGUCCCUGGAUCUAUGGAAUUAACACAAUACCUCUGAGGCUGCAUAAGCCUGGAGGGAGGGGGCAGGGAGCAAACUUGAGGUUUUGACUUUCAAUCUGGUCCCUUCCUAGGUGAUGUCCCUGGGACUCUAGUAGAAAAUAAACAGCCCUGUCUAGAUUUCUCAGCUGCCUCACUCCCUAUACACAUGGCAGAGGUGUGGCUUAAAAGGGAGGCACGUUAGGGAAUUCCCUGGUGGUCCAGUGGUUAGGACUGCAUGCUUCCACCACAGUGGGUGCAGGUUUGAUCCCCAGGCCAGGAAUCCCACAAGCUGGGUGGGAAAAUAGGGGGGGAAAAAGACCAAAAAAAAAAAAAAAAAAAAACCAGGGAAGUGGGGAAAGGAUGUUUUUAUUUUGGUGGUGGUGUGCUUCAGCACACAAACUACCGCACACAGAGACACCCACAAAUAUACACACAGGGUAAGAUUUUUCAUUUUAGUUAUUUUUCUUUGCUAAGAAGAGCAGCCAGAGAGUUUUUUCUGCUUUUGCAGCUGAGUCUGGGGAAGGAGUGGCUUGCCAGCGGUGGGGAGGUGGGAAAUAGGGCAGGGUUCAGCUUCCCUUAACGACUCUGACAGCAGAAUCAGCCCCUCAUCCCCUGGAGAAUGCAUCUCUUUGCCCACUCCUCCACCCCCUCGAUUUUCUUUGUGAAGAAUGCUAGUGAAACUUUAGGAGCACUCACCCCUGAUUCCAGCACUCAUCUACAAACUGUGUGGCCUUGAGUAAGCUGCUUAACCUCUCUGAGCCUCAGUUUCUUCAUCUAUAAAAUGGUGAUAAUAAUGCCUACCUCCCAGGUUGUUGUGGGAAUUAUAAGCACAGAUGUAUGUAAAGUGCCUGGCACAAGUAGGUGCUCAAUAAAAGCUAUUAUAAUA